GGCAGAGAUCAGGAGUGAGGGAGCCCACUGACCAGAGCCUAGGCACAAACUGAGUGCCUGACACCCAGGAGAACCAGAGGCUGGGGCGCGGGCCAUAGCCAACUGCAAAAGGAGGCAGCUGUUGGGUGUGGCCAACUGGAGAUCACCCAGAGAGCUGGAGCCAGGAAGCCUUGGAGCAGCAACACUUUUCACAGUCACGUCUUACAGGCUUGUGGUGCAAAAACUGGUGUUGGGGAUGAGGCACACAGGCUGGACUGAUGCUAUUGUAAGAUCUUAGAACAUUUGGUGGCAGCAGACAUCACACCCUACCUAUGGCACCAGCUCUGAAAGGACGAGGAGGCUCACCUGUGUCCCUGGAUGGAGGGACCAUGACCAGAUCCUGUGGGUUCUGCUUGCUCCUGCUCACCAAUUUGGUGGCCCUGGUGGCAAGCACAGACCCAGGCAAGAAUAAAGUCAAAGUGUUGAGGGAAUUAAAAGUGAUCAAUGCCUCAAGUGCCAAUGUGAGGCAGUGUCUGUGGUUUGCCAUGCAAGAAUAUAACAAAGAGAGUGAGGAUAAGUACAUCUUCCAGGUAAUCAAGACGGUACAAGCCCAGCUUCAGGUCACAGAUCGUUUGGAAUACUUUAUUGAUGUUGAAAUUGCCCGCAGCAAUUGCAGAAAGUUUUCAAACAGUACUGAAAACUGUGUCAUUCAAGAGAACACCAAACUGGAAAAGAAAGUAAUGUGUAGUUUUUUGGUCAGAGCACUCCCCUGGAAUGAUGAAUUCACGGUGAUGAAGAAGCAGUGUGUGGAUGCUUAGGGGGUUCUGGAGCUUACCCCCACCACCAUCUCUAACGUUCUCUGUGGAAAGAUAAACGGCGUGCACUGAUAUUACCAA